AUGGAUAAAUAUCGCAAAGUAAAAAUAGUUGGUAAAGGAAGUUUUGGGCAUGCUGUGCUUGUUCAAAGUACUGUUGACCGUAAACUCUAUGUUAUGAAAAUUAUUGAUGUUUCUCGUAUGGAUAGAAAACAAAAAGAAGAAGCGCUUAAUGAAGUUCAUGUUUUAAAAGCAAUGAGGCAUCCAUACAUUGUCACAUAUAGAGAAAGUUUUAUGGAUAAGCGAUGCUUGUGUAUAGUCAUGGAUUAUGCAGAUGGAGGAGAUAUGUAUUCGAAAAUUGCAAAACAAAAACAAUUAGGGAAAGGUUUUCCUGAAAAUCUUUUACUAGAUUGGUUUGUACAAAUUUGCUUACUCUUUACAAUAAUAAUAUAGUCUUAAUAAAAUUUUUAACACCUUAACGCCCUAACACUUCAUAUUCAUUUUAGAAAUUUUUUUAAAAACGACUUAUCUUUUAUUAGAGUUAGCAAUCAAGCAUAUCCAUGACAGAAAAAUUCUUCACAGAGAUCUUAAAACCCAAAAUGUUUUCUUAACCUCUAAAGGAGAAGUGAAAAUAGGAGACUUUGGAAUUUCAAGGGUCUUACAGCAUACAUAUGAUUGCGCACAAACCGCUAUUGGGACGCCAUAUUAUCUAUCCCCUGAAAUAUGCCAAGAGAAGCCAUACAACCAGAAAUCUGAUAUCUGAAGUCUAGGCUGCAUCCUUUAUGAGAUGGUCACUCUGAGACAUGCUUUUGACGCCAGCUCAAUGAAAGGCCUGGUGGUUAAAAUUUUAAGAGGGACUUACCCUUCAAUCCCAUCUGUCUAUUCCCAAAAUCUAAAAGACCUAAUAGACGAAAUGCUUCAAAAAGACCCCCACAAACGUCCAUCUAUAAAACGAAUCCUCGAGAAAGACUUUUUAAGCUCAAGGAUCCCUGAUAUUUUAGCUCUAACAAUUUCAAAGCACGAAUCCGAAAAAUCAGCUAUACCUAGAGAGCCUACUAUACAUUAAAAUUGCGACACGUGCCAACCUGCCCUCUUGGCGCAGCAAUCCAGACCUCAUGGCCAAAGCGAACUUGGACGGACUCUGAGCCGAGAAUCAAGAAUGUGUAUCCGGGUAGGUUUUGGUUACUUUCCUAUGGUUGGAAUAGAGGCGGUCAGCAAAUCCUUUGAAUCCGAGUACCCAUGUGCAUUCCUCUACCAGGACAGCCUAGGCUGCAGAGGAGUAGUCUUCUUCCUGUAGCUGUCGAAGAAAAGCACUUCGGAAUUCGAUAGUCUUCAAGGAACUAAUCCUUGGAAUCAAGCUACUAAAAUCGUUCAUAAUAGGGCGGUAAAAAAAAUCCAUAAGCACUCAAGACUGAAGCCUCAAGGCAAGGAGGAGACAGAAAGUACCGAAAGGGCACUCGUAAGGGAGAUAGACCCUUUGGGCUAAAGUCGAAUGCGGUAGAACCUUCCGCAAGAGAGAUCUUUGGUGGCUGCGUUACCAAGAUGGCUAACGCUUCACUUUUAAUAAUCCUAAAUCUAGAGAGCCUCAAUCUGAAGAAAAACAAGACAGCAUUAAAGACCCACAAAUAAGCUUAUCAAGGGACUCCCGAAAUGAAGAAAGCUCCAGACCACAUACUCCAUUAGAAGAGAGAAAAAAAGAGCGAAUUUUGCAGCCAAGAAACAGAAGUGAAUUUAGUGAGGAAAAAAAGCGAGCCUCAAGAGAACAAAGCAGAUAUGAAGACAUCAUAAAAUGCUUACGAGAAGGCUUAGAAACUAAUCACAACGAAGAUGAAGAGUCAUUUGAAGAAAAUCAGCCAGCCAGAGCUAAUUUCCUAACACCAGAAGGAGUUCCAUUGCCUGGAAUCAGUGAAAAUGACUCAGCUUUUGCCAGAAUAGAAACGCUGAGAUGCUAUUUAGAGUCCCGCAUUGGGAUGUCAAGAUUAAUGUUAAAGGGCUUAAAGUUUUACAGAUUGGAUACCUCCGCACGCUUGCGAACACCGGAGCCUGCUUGCCGGAGGAAUCCGGUCGCCCUUACAGUGGUCUACUCGGGCCUUGCACUGCUAUCCUUGAGUCUCGACGGGUAGAAAGACUCCUCUUGCUUCACGUCUUGCGGGUGCUAUGAAGGCAAAGAGCUCGAUGCCUCCUAUCAUCCACCUUGGGAAGUGUGGCACCCAGGAAAAAGAAACUACGGCCUUCCGGAUUCAGUAGGAAAAGACCUGUAGCCCGAAAACCAUCCGGAUAACUAAUACCUGGACUGGAAUGGUCGCCAGCUGACUCCAAUGUUCACCGACCCCAUACGGCAGCAAUAAUUUGGCUAAGGGUUAGAAUUAAAGUGCCUAAACCUUGAUUUAGGCUAUAAAAACUAUUUUGGCACCCAAAGUGGUGCGUCGUCAAGGACAUAUUUCGUCACCAUAUUAAUUUGGGAUGUCAAGGUUUAUCCAAGCUUACGAAUAUUUAUCAGUAAGAUUUAUAUAGAACCCUCCACCUGAAGAUGAAGAAAACCAGCAGCUUCAUGAAAUCGUGGGAGUUGAAAAUGUAAAGUAUAUACCCCUUAUAUAUCAGAUGAUUGUGUGUGAAGACUCAUAUUACACAUCAGCUAACGCGAGAUAA